AGCCCGUUUAUUGUAACAUUCGGCGUCGUUCCCGAAGCUCUGGCUCACUAGCCAGAUAGCCACUCCUGCUGCAGUAGUCAGAUGACCAUUCUUUUGACACCCUUGAAGAGCACGCUAACAAGUGGAGCGGCAUGAGGGCGCUGCAGUGCCCUGCCGGAAGCCUAUGCGCAUUCGAUUGUCACUGCUUAGGUUGCUCCAUAGGAAUCCAAAAAUUAGGACUGGAUGGCAAGAAUGGGAUGCACCUAGGCCUAAGCUGGUUUUCAAGGCUUCUGAUUGAUGGAUCAUUUCCUUACAGCGGUGUCAGCAAUCCACAGUGGCACCCAACCAGAGCUACAAUAUGCCUAGCACUGGAAGACAGUGGACAUGGAAGUCGACUCGCACCGCUGUGGCAAGGUCCAUGUCAGUGCUGCUCUGGGGCAUCCAUAUCAGAGUUUAAUAAUGCUCGAAGUUGGAUCCUAGCGCGGCUCUACUCGACUCGCCAAUCACAUGCUCCGUCAUUGAGCAUACGCACGCUCAGCAGGCUGCGCAUAGCACUUGUUCAAUCUCGACCCGGUAGAUGUUUAUGAUAAUCGUGCUUGGCGUUUUUCAACCUUCCUGUUUCAACGUCUCCUCUGUCUAUUUAGUCUAUUAUAAACGAUUCCGUCGAUCGUCAAAUUUCUCCUACUGGUCUAAGAGUCUUCACGGGGUCCAAGUACUGCACAGGGUAGCCACGUCAAUGCUAGACCUCCCUCCUUCCGUC